AUGGGUUCGGGGCUAUUGGACCGUGGUGGACAAGAGAAGGGCGUGGAAGACUUGCAAGCAAUGGGCGACUGUGUAGGGGUGCGGUCCACCACCCUGCAUGAGGUCCUGUCUUCAGGCAGAGACUGUCUGGUGGCGGGGGACUCGUGCUCCAGCGACGAGACCUGCAGCCCACGUCUGCGGACCCUGCGUCAGUGCGUGGCGGGCGACGGCAGCAUGAAGCUGGGCCCCGGGGCCCGGAGCCAGUGCGCCAAUGCCGUCUCAGCCCUGAUUUCCAGCCCCCUGCAUGGCUGCCAGUGCAAACGGGGCAUGAAGAAGGAGAAGAACUGCCUCAGCAUCUACUGGAGUCUCCAUCAGUCUGUCAUACACGGACUCAACCUGGUAGAGAGAUACCCUUACAAAGCCGUGGAGAGAGACUACGACUCCGUUCGUCUGGCUUCCAUCACGGCUGACUCUGAGGCCAACGUGGCGACGGUUAACCGUUGCCUGGACGCAGCCAAGGCGUGUAACGUUGACGACCUGUGCCAGAAGCUCCGCACAGAGUACGUAUCUGCCUGCAUCAAACCCUUUGCCAAGUCGGGCCUCUGCAACAAGGCCAAGUGUAAUAAGGCCCUACGCCGGUUCUUUGAUCGCGUCCCUCCAGCCUACACACAUGAGCUGCUUUUCUGCCCUUGCACGGACAUGGCGUGCGCCGAGCGACGCAGGCAAACCAUUGUUCCCGGCUGCUCCUAUGAGGGCUCAGACAAACCCAGCUGCCUCAUACAGAUGAGUAUGUGCAAGGCUGACUAUGUGUGCAGGUCCCGUCUGGCUCAGUUCCAGUACGACUGCCAACCAGCCGAGUCGUCUGCCAACAGCUGCAAGCAGGGGAACUAUGGAGCCUGUCUACUUGCCUACACAGGCCUGAUAGGCAGUUCGAUAACUCCCAACUAUAUGGAUAACUCCACAUCUAGCGUGGCCCCAUGGUGCUCCUGCUCUGCCAGCGGAAACCAGAGAGUAGAGUGCUCCGACUUCCUGGAAUACUUCACCAACAACGUCUGUCUCAGGAAUGCCCUCCUGGCGUUUGGGAGCGGGACAGACGUGAUGCCCACGUCCAGCGAAUCGAGACACCUCAGCCCAGCCACUGGCAGAGAGAGCCAUGCCAUCAACCCUCUGCCUGCUACUGUGGAGACCACACGGAACAUCCCGGAAUCAAUUAUUCCAACACAGGCCAGCGGAAACGACCGAUUGUGGAGAGAUUCUACCCUCCCGUCAGAUGGGCUCCCAAACUCUGCCCCCGCACUUGGCCUACUGCCUCCAACUUCCUUUACUGGCCUUUUGGUCCUACCCCUGGUCUUAUAUGGUCACUAAAUGAGGAAGCACUGCCAAGGACCACCCAUAAAGCAGGAGUAUUUGUUCACAAAUUCUGGAUACAUUUUUGUCUUUAGCAUAUAGGCUACUCCAUCUCCUAAACAUAUACAGCAUAGUCCUUUUCCUAUUUUUUGUGUGAGUGGUUCAGUUGCACUUGCAAGUCCCUUAGGUGUACGACUUGGAGAGACUGAGACAGAUUGGUUUCAAUCUGUAUACUUGUACAUUGUUAUCGCUUUGAGUCAAGAUGAAAGUACUUUUUAGUGGACUAACCUACCAUCCAGCUAUCCAAGCACAUCCAAGCACAGGACUAAAUUCUAAAAAUGCCAUCGGGAACUGCACGGUUAUUCCUUAAGAUCUAUAUAUAAACGGAAAGCUCACGAGAAACGGACUCUAGUGAACUGUCUUUAUUUUGUACUCAACUGCACAAACUGAUUGGAAAAGACCCUUGCGGAUAUAAGGGCUUUAAUACCGCUCUCUUCGACUUGACUGAAGGAGGAACAUUGUUUCUGAUUAAUACUGGAAUGGUAGAGAUGGACAAUGGAGCUACUAUUCAUCCAUUCUGGACAAAUACACUGACUCUGAUCAUUCCAAGUGCUGUCGGCUGCAAGAGAUGUGGAAACUUUAGAAUAUGUGGGAUAGCUCUGACCUAAUGAUUAUCAUGCACGCGGUGAAGAUUGGGCUCUUUGUCAUGCCGUCAUCGCCAGUUCAUUUGUUCUCGCUAAUGCUUAGCUAAGUGUUCAUUAUAAAACACUUUCUUCUCCAAGAACUUUGUUAAAAUUAAGUUAUGAGCAAACAUGUUCUCUGUGUACAGUACCAUCGUUCUGUGUUUGUGUGGAAGGACUGCCUUCUUUUCCUCAUUGUGUAAAUGGACAUUUCUCAAAGGGUGUCUGAAUUAGUAUGCCAUAUACGAACAAGGGCUUGUGUCUCAACAUUUUGGGCAAUGUUGAACCCUUUUCCCACUACCGAGCCUAGCCAAGACAGGCCGAAAUGUACUGCGCUGCCCUCGGGCGGCAGGGUAGCCUAGUGGUUAGAGCGUUGGACUAGUAACCAGAAGGUUGCAAUUUCAAAUCCCCGAGCUGACAAGGUACAAAUCUGUCGUUCUGCCCCUGAACAGGCAGUUAACCCACUGUUCCUAGGAUGUCAUUGAAAAUUUGAAUUUGUUCUUAACUGACUUGCCUAGUAAAAUAAAAAAAUAAAAAAAUACACAUCAACCAUAGUUGCUGAAACCAUGCUGGAAUGCACAAUGUGAAAAGAAAAUAUCAGAGACAAUAGCAGAAUACAGUACAGUUCAUACAGUAGAAAGGGUAUAUGUGACCUGUUCAU